GUUCUUGCUCUUGCUCCUCCUCCUCAUCGUUGCGUGUGUCCGUGCUGAGCACAGAGUGCUCCUGCUCCUGCUCCUGCUCCUGCUCCUGCUCGGCGUCGUCGUGUUGCGUCGCGCGCAGGCCUUCAAUCUCGGCCACCACGGCCAGCGCCGCCGCGUGGAUCAGCGCCUCGGUCCGCAGCGACGUCUUUCUGUCGGUCCCUCGGUCAGCGUACGCCUCGUCAUCUGCGUAUUCCGAGUCUGGGGUCUCUGCGGGCCGCGGCGUGUCGGCGUCGUCUGCUUUCAGGUCGUUGUCUCGUGCCUCUUCUUGGCCGUGUUCUGUUUCUGCUGUGGGGAUAUCAUGCUCAUCGGGCGCGCUGUGGACCUCGGUGACAUCUGCGGAAAUGUCUGCGUCCAAAUCCUCAGCAACGCCACUGACCUCGAUAUGUUCGGUGUCGAGCGGUACUUGGUCGGCGUCUGCCUCGUGGGUCCCAUCGUCGGCAGUGGCAUCGUGGGUUUCGUCACUGGUCGUGUCCUCAAGGACUUCAACUUCGCCCUGUGCUUCAUUUGUAGAGGGUUCUUCGGGUGUGGCGUCUUCGCAAGGCUCUUCGACACUCGGAGUCGUGUGGGCUGGUGCUGCGUUGUCUGGUGCUGCGUCGGCUAGUGCUGCGU